UUUCACACUGCCUGUAUGUAGAUACAAAUCCCCAUACCCACGCCACCCAUAUUCUCAAAGUCUUCUCCACUUAUAUACUUCUCUGGUUUGGCUUAACCCUGCUCUGGACCACUGCCAGAAUGUAUGGAUUAGGGAUAUUGUUCUUCCUUCUACUGAAUGUCCAAAGUGCUGCAGCACAAGCUGAAGUGUGUUACAUAUUGGAUGGGAUUCUGGUUAUUUAUGGAAUUGUGCUGACUAUUCUUUACUGCAGACUGAGGAUACGCUCUAGAAACAGUGAGAAAGGUGCAGAGGCUAAAGACGAAGGCAUCUAUCAGGGUUUGAAGCCUCAUGCUUCUGAUACCUAUGAGACGCUCCAAACAAUGAAGAAACCAGUGAAGUGAGCAACAGUCCUGUCGCUU